AUGAUGAUUUCACGCGCCACUAAAAGGACAGGGAACUCGUUACCCACUGUUAGCGGCAAACGACGAGCUCCGUAUACUGCUCAUGCAUGUGUUGCUUGCCGACGACGGAAAGGCAAAUGCGACGGCCAGAAGCCAUGCGACUACUGCGAAAACCGGGGUCGGACAUGCCUUUACGAUGAAGAAACUGUUUCUCCAGGCAUAGAAACAGUUACAGCUACAGCCAGCGUUACUAGAGCUCCGGCACAACCAUCAGCGUUCCAAAGAGACGAGUCUAAUCGAAGCCUUUCGCCGCCGCUGACACCAGCCGCAGCCAAUGGUCCGCCGUCUCCAGCCAUUCUACCAAAUAGUUCAGGGGCACCCGAUGUACCUAGUGAUGGAUGCGGAAGCGACAAUGACAAUGACCUUACAAGUCUUGUUGCAAGUCUUCGCACCGAGUUACAACAAGUCAAGGCCAUGGUUGAAGCGCAAAGUAAUGGGACCCACAGCCUAGGUUCAGUUGCUUCACCCCACACAUUGCAUUCACCUGGUGACCACACAAGUUUGUCAAACAGACGGCCGCAUGGCACUCAACCCGAUACCACUCCAAGCUAUGUUAGCCAUUACUUUUAUGGUCCUACAAGUCCAGACUACAGCAUGAACUUGGUACAAAUCACUUUGCGACAACUGGGUUAUCUCACAUCAUCAUCGCACCAACCCAUGCUACCAAGUGUAAAUGGUAACGAUGCUGUAUUGCCGCCCAUAACACAUUGGCCGUCCAGACGUCAUUUUGACCGCUAUCAGCUAUUGCAAUUCCGGCCAUGGUUAUCGCUACAGGAAGCCAAAGAUGCUGCAGAUACAUAUCACAGAGUCAUAGGAGAACUGCACCCAUUUGUCAACAUUGACAGAGUUAGAAGCCAACUGGAAUCAUGCUAUUCCAGUGAUACGAACCAAUCUUUGGGUGGAGAGAGCGACCAGCCUGACGAUGAUGACCUGAUCAUCUUGGUACUUAUGCUGGCUGUAGUAGCACAAGUCUCUAAAGACACUUUACUUGCAACGAUGGCAUCCGUCCUUCAUUCUAACUUUAUGCCCUCAGCAAAUGCCGCGAUUACAUCUUCUACAACUAGUAUCAAACAAGUCACCAUCGCCUUACUGCUGGUAAACAAACCCAGCCAGCUAAUUCCCUAUCAGAGCAUGCUAACAUAUCUGAUCAAGGGCUACUAUUAUUUCUCCCACGACCUCUCAAGGCUUGCAUUAAGGUUAUGUGGCAUUGCUGGACGUAUGUUGAUGGAACUUGGCUUCCACAAUAGCGACAUGUUGAAUCACAUUCUCAAGACCGAUUCUCAACGUAAAGAGGCUUCUGCUAUCAUGUGCUCCGUAAUUAUACUUGAUCGUCAAUGGAGCGCUAUGACUGGCUUGCCCGCAAACUUCCCCAACGCGGCGUUUAGUCUCACGCCUACAUUCAUAGACGAUAUGCCAUAUGCAAAGGCUAUGUACAUGCUCAUUCACAUCAGCGACAGAUUUGACGAACCUAUAUCUAUCGCGGCCAGGGGAAAUACUCGUAUCGAUGAUGAUGUGAUGGAACUAUUGGUUUUCCAGAUUCAACAGUGGCAGAAAAAGUGUGUCGGGGAUAAAGACCUUUCUGACAUGGAGAUUUGGUUUGAUGAACCAUUAAACCUACCUCCGUCAUGGCUGUUAUUGCUGAUCUACCGAGCUGCGUCGAUAAAAAGCCUUCUGCUACGUCCUUAUUUCUUUCCAACGUCGGAUAUCGAGAAGAGCAAACUAUACCUUCCACAGGCCAUGGAAUUGGCAGUCAGGGUCACAGGGUCACUUCACAAACUGGACAAUGUUACGGAUAUGUACCGUAACCAGCGACCGUACUACCAGCACAUCCUCGCGUCCAUUUGUGCUCUGAUGUUUCUAGUGGUGGGCUACAUUGAGAAGCAUCGCUUAACCAUGUUACCGUAUUUGACCCCAGGAUAUGACGAACAAAUCCGUGAAUGCUUUGUACGAGCACGCAAUCUAUCACAAAAGUACGGAGAUGUGUCCACGGCCGCAAAAGAUUUAGGGAAAAGGAUUCGAGAACUUUGCCACGCUAUGGAAACGUAUGGUAAAGCACAGAGAGAAGCCUCUGAUGAAGCAAUUCCGUCUACAACCGUUGCAUUCCAAAGCAACACCACAUUUACAGGUCCCUCUGCGACAUCACAAGGCAUUGGUCUUAACAAUGAGCCUCGAGAAGAGGCCUUUGUCCCCAUGACAGAUCGUACUUUCGAGGCCGAAAUGAACUCCUUCGGCGCGAACUUGGGCUUCGAGUUGCCGAUGGAAGGUGAUCAUGGCCCGCAAGAUACUCUGCCAUGGAUAUUGCGAGGCUGGCCUGCUAAUUCACACAGUUUUCUUUUUCAAUAA